AUGACCACCGCCAUAGAUGUUCAGUUCUACGGAUUUCUCUUCUUCAUUUGGCUCAUUUCCACUCUCUUGAUCCAAUCCUUCAUAAAGAAACGCUCUAAAUCUCAAGCAGCGCCAUCCGUUCUACAUCCUCCGAGCCCACCAGCUCUACCCAUCAUUGGCCACCUCCAUGUCCUGAGUCUCAAUUUACCAAAGUCAUUCAAGAAUCUUGCAUCUAAAUAUGGCCCCCUCAUGAGGAUCAAUAUAGGUGCCUCAGCAUGCUUUGUUGUUUCUAAUGCUGCAGUUGCCAAAGAAAUCUUGAAAACUCAUGACCUUAGUUUUGCCUCUAGGCCGGAGUUUGGGUCCUCAGAUUACAGCAUAUAUAGAGGCUCAAGAUUUCUCACCGCAGAGUAUGGGACGUACUGGCGGUUCAUGAGGAAGAUAUGCAUGACGGAGCUUCUCUCGGCUUCACAGCUAAGUCGGUUCAUCGAUGUCCGAGAGCAGGAGAUCAUGAGGCUCAUGGAGAUCCUUGUGAAGAGGUCAGGAGCAGGAGAGGUGUGUGAUCUGGGCGCGGAGCUAAUGACAAUGGCAAAUAAUGUGGUGUGCAGGAUGGCUAUGAGCACAAGAUGCACAGAGAGUGCAGAUGAAGCUGCGGAGGUCAGAGGAUUGGUUAAGGAGAUUUUGAAGCUGGGAGGCAAGUUGAGCUUAGGAGAAGUUCUGGGUCCUUUGAAGAAGUUCGACUUGUUUGGUUUUGGGAAAAGGCUCAGGGCCUUGUUGCUGCAGUUUGAUGCACUUGUGGAGGGGAUCAUGAUGGAACAUGAGAAGAAGAGGAUUGAUGGUGGAAGAGAAAAGAAAGAUAUGAUGGAUAUUCUCUUGGAGAUUUAUAGAGAUGAAACUGCAGAAGUGAAAUUAAGUAGAAACGAUAUCAAGUCUCUUUUCCUGGAUAUUUUCUUGGCUGGGACAGAGACAAUGAGUGUUGCAAUGCAAUGGACACUAGCAGAACUCAUUAAUCAUCCACAAGUGUUUAAGAAGCUAAGAGAGGAGAUUGAUUCAGUUCUUGGGCCUACUAAGCUAGUCGAAGAAUCAGACAUCCCCAAUCUCCCUUACCUGCAGUCAGUUGUCAAAGAAAGUCUCCGGUUGCACCCUCCAGCACCUCUGCUCAUCAGACAGUGUCGGGAAGAUUGCCGGAUCAAUGGGUACGAUAUAUUGGAAAAUUCGAGAAUAUUAAUCAACUUGUACUCCGUUAUGCGCGACCCAGACUUAUGGAAAGACCCAGCAGAGUUUGUACCAGAGAGGUUUUUGGUCAGUUCUAUUGAGAACUUUGGUGAUCAGCAGCAAAAGGAAAUAAGGGACCAAAUUUUUCAUUACAUACCAUUUGGGAGUGGACGGAGAGCGUGUCCCGGUGCUUCACUAGUUGCAGCAGUGAUGCAUGUGGCAAUUGGAGCAUUAGUUCAGUGCUUUGACUGGAAAAUCAAAGGUGGUGAUCAGAAGCUUAACAUGGAAGAAGGGUUAGGAUUUUCAGCAGGCAUGACAAGUCCGCUAGCGUGUUAUCCCAUCAUUCGUAUCAACCCCUUGGAAAUUACUCUUCUUUCAAAAUAA